AUGCUAGUACGCAUGUUCGGCCUGGUGUCGAACGUGGCCAUGUCUUUCGCUGUUGUCCUGGGUUGGUGGGCCAUGGUGACCGGCCAUGCCGUUGUGCUUUACUCGCGACUACAUCUGGUUAGCGACCGGAAAAAGACGCGCCGCGUGCUAAUCAUGAUCGUCACCAACUUCAUCGUCCUCCAUCUACCUGUGUCGGCAUUGUAUCUCGCCAUCAAUGUCCGCUCCUUCAAUUCACUCACCAACGUCUUCAAAAUCUACGAAAAGAUCCAACUCGCCGGCUUCUCCGUCCAGGAGUGCAUCAUCGCCGGUAUUUAUAUCUGGGAGGCCUCCCGCACUCUCAACCACGUUCUCAAAUUCAGGGAGCCGCAAGGGAAAAAUGAUUCGGCACCUGGUUCUUGUAACCAAAACCUUCCUGGCAUCCAGCAAGAAAACGUUACUGCGGUACGAUUGGACGCCAAACUUGUUCCCAAGGUCCGCGACAUUAAUGCCGAAUCUAAACUCGUUGACUUCGUCCUCAUCGCCAUCAGCCAAGUGCUUGCAGAUACGAGAAACAGGAUCACCAGCAUCACCAGCAUCAGCCACACUACCUACGAAGGCGUUCGCCUCUGGCCAAUAUGUAUCUCUAUCGAGACCAAGACUCUUGACGGCAAAGUAUCUACCGCUCUUGUUCAGCUCUCCUUAUGGGCAACAACGCGCUUCAACCGUCUGCGUACCCUCUUACCUCCUUCACAACACCUAGAUUGCGAAGGAGAAAAUUUGUGA